ACCUUCCUGCUCGUAUGACGACACAUCAAAACAAUAACAUUUGACAUUGUUGAUGUGGACUUUGCUUCAGAAUAACAUUAUUGUAAAUGAGAGAAUAAAACGACCAGAGGAUGAAUACGGCUCUGAGACACUGGAAGGAGGCCGCGACGGUCAUACUAGCUGCUGGUACGAGACAUAAACUCCCUGUAGAUAGUUUGACGAGGUGUGUCGAUAAAGGCACCUCUGCACCUGCGAUCAGUGGGCACUCCAACUUGCCUGACAGGUUAGCCUUCGACUAUGAAGUGUUGUUGUUGAAACGAAGCGGUACGAGUGGUUUCAUGCCGAAUGCUUAUGUCUUUCCCGGCGGUCUGGUGGAUCCGGCAGAUUUCUCAAGUGAAUGGCUUGAUCUUUUUAAAUCUUUUCGGCGCUCACCGAAUUUUGGACUGGGAUUUGUGAAACAGCCGCCGGAGACGAGACCUCCUAUCUUCGCCACUGACAGGAAGAAACUGGGUUCUCCCGUUCCAGGGGACGUCGCAUUUAGAAUCUGUGCCGUGAGGGAAACGUUUGAGGAGUCGGGUGUACUUCUAGUCGUGCCUAAAGAGGAAGAGAGUACUUUACUUAACAGCAUCGAGAACAACAGAUACAGUCAGUCCGAAUUAACCAGAAUAACCGAUCUCUGUGACAAGAGUGAAUUGGCUAAAUGGAGAGUGCUGGUAAACGAGAACCCCUCUAACUUCGUCAGAAUGUGCAGGGAGCUGGAGUGUCUACCAAACAUCUGGGCUCUGCAUGAAUGGGGUAACUGGCUGACCCCUACUGGUGUGUACGGGAAACAGAGGAGGUACGACACGGCCUUCUACAUUUGCUGCUUGCAAGAAACACCACCUCACACCCUACAAGACGAGAAGGAAAUUGUGCACUUUAAGUGGUCCACCCCCUCAGAGAUCCUCCACAGCUACCAGGCCAGAGAUAUGUGGAUAGCCCCUCCACAGUUCUAUGAUCUCAGCCGUAUGUGCCGGUUCCCCACCCUGCUGGACCUCCACAGCUUCUCCAGACAGAGAGCUUCAGAGGGCUGUGAACAGUGGCUCCCUGUCCGCAUGGUGUCAGACAGCUACUACAUAUCACUCCUCCCAGGUGACGAGCUGUACCCAGAGGAGGGGUCAUGUCAGAUGGACGUGACCCUGAACACCGAUCGGAGCCUUGAUGAGCUACAUCAGGGCUGCUCAGCACUGCACCGUAUCGUAGCCUUGGACCCCUACACCGCUGCUGCCGUCAUCACCAUCACACCCAAAUACAACCACCUGCUGCCCUUCACCCGGUCCAGCCUGAGAACCAGCACCAGCAGUCAGCUCUGAGAGACGGGUUGAUCACCAUCACACCCAAAUACAACCACCUGCUGCCCUUCACCCGGUCCAGCCUGAGAACCAGCACCAGCAGUCAGCUCUGAGAGACGGGUUGAUCACCAUCACACCCAAAUACAACCACCUGCAGCCCUUCACCCGGUCCAGCCUGAGAACCAGCACCAGCAGUCAGCUCUGAGAGACGGGUUGAUCACCAUCACACCCAAAUACAACCACCUGCUGCCCUUCACCCGGUCCAGCCUGAGAACCAGCACCAGCAGUCAGCUCUGAGAGACGGGUUGAUCACCAUCACACCCAAAUACAACCACCUGCUGCCCUUCACCCGGUCCAGCCUGAGAACCAGCACCAGCAGUCAGCUCUGAGACGGGUUGAUCACCAUCACACCCAAAUACAACCACCUGCUGCCCUUCACCCGGUCCAGCCUGAGAACCAGCGCCAGCAGUCAGCUCUGAGAGACGGGUUGAUCACCAU